AUGAAUAUGUUGGAUGAUGAAGAUGACCAAAGCUUUCACGCUACGCGUGACGGCUACUCCCAUUUGAGCGAUGUCGAAUGGGAUGCGGUUGAACGAAUGGGUUCGACCAUGGGCAUCCAUGCUGUUAGCGUCAUGCUAGAGGCUCUCAAUAGAGAUGCCCAACAUGCUACUAUCGCCAAGUUCAUUCAAAAUGAACUUGACGCAGAACGCGAGAAAGUAGCCUUGCUUCACCAACAAGGUUCUCAACAAGCAGAGUUGUUGAGAGAACAAGGUGCUCAACAGUUUGAACUGUUGAGACAGCAGCAGGCUGCUGCUGGCGGGUCGAUGCACUCGCGUCGGCCCGAGACUUUGAAGAUUGACAUCUCAAAGGCGCGUCGCAUCGACGACGGGGAUAUGCAAGUUGCAUUUGCCCAGUCAAAUCUGGCAGGACGUGCCAAGACUUGGGCACUGGGGCUCAAGCUGCACGACCCAUACGCGUUUGGGUCGUUGGAAGUUCUUCAAGUCGCGGCUCAGACAAACGUUUGA